CAGCCUUCCGCAUCCAAAGGUCCAAAAAGAAAAAGAAAAUAAAAAAAAUCAAAAGAAGAGAUAGAAGGGGAAGCGACCCAAAAUCCCCCCCCUCCUCAGUCUCUCCGACCCCAAACCUAAACCGUCCGAUCGCGAGCGAGGCGAGGGGCGAGCGAACCAUGGAGGCGGUGCCAACGACGGCCAGCGGCGGCGGGAUAGGCUACGCGGACUCGGUGGACUCUUCGCCCCGCUCCCGCGGCGGCGAGUCCUGGGACGAGCCCAUCCCAUCCUCCGCCGCCGCGGCUUCCCGCCUCCGCCUUAUGUGCAGCUACGGCGGUCGCAUCGUUCCCCGCCCCACCGACAGGUCCCUCUGCUAUCUCGGCGGCGAGACCCGGAUCGUCGUCGUCGACCGCCACUCCUCCCUCGCCGAUCUCUCCGCCAAGCUAUCCCGGAGCCUCCUCGGCGGCCGCUCUUUCUCCCUCAAGUACCAGCUCCCCAACGAGGACCUCGACUCCCUUAUCUCCGUCACCACCGACGAGGACCUCGACAACAUGAUCGAGGAGUACGAUCGCAUCCUUCAGUCAUCCUCCGCUGGUGCCGCCGCCCCUGGUGGUGGCGGAGGCAACACCGUCUCCAGCCGCUCCAACCGCCUUCGCCUCUUCCUCUUUCCCUCCAACCCAGACUCUGCCUCCUCGUCGAUCGGAUCCCUCCUCGACGAGUCCAAGUCCGAGACUUGGUUCGUCGACGCCCUCAACAGCGCCAUGGGCGUCGGCAUCGACGGCCUCUCCCCCGACUCCGCCUCCGUCAACUGCCUCCUUGGCCUCGAGGACGACUCCUCCACCCACUCCCGCGGCGGCGGCGUCGGCGGCGGCGGCGGCCCUGGCGUCGGCGCCGCCUCGGAGUCCGAGCAGCUCAUCCUCCCACGCCGGGACUCUUCCGGGAAGCUCGUGCGCCACGGUCAGGACGUCCACUCCGUCCCCGACUCCCCGAUGCUCGACACCACCUCCUCCUUCGGAUCGACCUCCUCCGCCCCCUCCCUCUCCCAUCUCCCCCCGAUCCGUGUCCGCCCGGAGGAUCGCCCACCUGAUCCGCGGAUCGGCGGUCUCGAGGACCACUUCGCACAGAUGAACCUCUCCUCUGCUGCCGCUGCCGUCUCCGGCCAGCGGCCGGACGAGGGCUACAAAGACUCGAACUUUCCUCCGCACUACCCCCCUCCUCCAAGUAUUCCCCUCCCCACCGGCUCCUCCUCCACUCCCACCAUCUCCCCCACCGAGAACUCCGGCCGGGUCUUCUCCGACGACGAGAAGUCUGACCAUGGUGGCGUCCGGAGACCGCCGCCCCCUCAGCCCAAGCCUACUCCGAUCGAUGCCCCCGUCUCCGACUCCACCACCAGAGCUAUGUACUAUCCGGAGAGAGGUUCUUCCGCCCCCACCGCCGUCAAUCCGGUAUCCGAAUCAAAACGGGAACUGCCGGUCUCCGCCGAUCCAAGCUAUAGAGUUCCGAUGCCGGUCCCUGAUUCCGGCUAUGUUCUGCCCCCCGUGCAGCGGGAACAGCUCCAGCAUCAGCAGCAGCAGCAGCCGCAGCAGCAGUUCAUUCCGGCCAACCCCCAUUACAUCCACCACCCCGUCCCUUCCUACUACCCCAUUGCCCACCCAAUUCAACAAUCGCAGCAGGCCCAUCCCUAUGAUUCUCAGAUUCCCAUGUACUUCCUGCCUGUCCGCCAGAACCCGCCACCCUACAAUAUCGCCACGGUGCCACACAAUUUGGCGGACCCGACCGCCGGAAAGCCCACCGUGUCGCUUCCUAAAAACCCCGUGAGGCCUGAAUUGCCAGCGAAUUUGUAUAGGGCUGCGGCCGCCACCGUGCCGCCCCCUGCUGCAUUGCAGCCGGCCCAGCCUGCGCCGCCGCUGAUCCAUAUGGAUCAGGUCCCCCAGCAGUACGCCGGGAUGGGAUAUCAUGUGAUGCACCACCACCGCCCAUCCCAGGCCCCAGCAACAAUGGCCAAUUAUGGCUACGAAUACGCUGACCCGACCCAUGCCCAGAUGUACUACUCUCAGGCUGGUCCGCCGCCGGCAUUGGCCCCGCAGUAUCAGACGGUGAGCUCCGCGCCGGUCAUCCCUGAUACAGCGCC